GGGCAGGUGAGGAUAUACUUGUAUGACACUUCGCACUGUGUCUUGAUACUUCUACUUUCUUCUUCCCCCCUCCUCCCUCUCCUCGCAACCCCCCGGAUCCAGUGUGAGCCCAACAUGAGUACCGACGACACUGUUGCUCAGAUCAUCGUCAACAGCCUCUACAAUGCCGGCGUGCGCUUGGUGUUUGGGGUGCCAGGCGCCAAAAUCGACGCCAUCUUUGACUGCCUGAUGGACCAUCCCGAGAUCAAGCUCAUCGUCGCCCGGCACGAGCAAAAUGCUGCCUUCAUGGCCGCCGCUGUGGGCCGCAUCACGGGCAUCCCGGGGGUCUGCAUCGGCACCAGUGGCCCAGGGGCGUCGAAUCUCGCCACGGGCCUCGUGACAGCGACGACGGAAAACGACCCCGUGGUGGCGCUGGUGGGCUCGGUGCCGCGCCACAUGAACCUCAAGCGCACGCAUCAGAGCAUGCGCGCGCUGGACAUCCUGGGCCCGACGGCCAAGGUCGCCGUCGGCAUCGACGUCGAGGACCAAGCCGCCGAGGUCAUCCUCAACGCCUUCCGCACCGCCAACACCGCCCCCAAGGGCGCCACCGUCAUCUCCAUCCCGCAGGACGUCGCCAAGGGCAGGUCGACCAUCCUCCCGUUCCCGAGCGCCGCGUUCGUGCCGCCACUGUACGGGCCUGCGCCGCUGCAGAAGCUCGACCAAGUGGUGCAGAUGAUCGAGGGCGCCAAACUGCCGGUGUUGUUUCUGGGGAUGCGGGCGAGCAGCCCGCGCGUGGUGAGCGCCGUGCGCCGCCUGCUGUCCAAGUUCCCCCUGCCGACGGUCGAGACGUUCCAGGCCGCGGGCGCCGUGCCCCGCGAGCUGGUGCACCUGUUCUACGGGCGCGUGGGCCUGUUCCGCAACCAGGUGGGCGACAAGCUGCUGUCGCGGUCCGACCUGGUGCUCGCCGUGGGCUACGACCCGGUCGAGUACGACGCCAACCUGUGGAACCCGCAGCAGAAGAACAACAUUGUGCACAUCGACUUCACCGCCUCGGACUACGGCACCUACUACCACCCGGUCGCGGAGCUGUUGGGAUCCGUCGUCGAGAACCUCACGUACAUCGCCGACCACCUCUCCCGCAUCGCCGAGCCCUCGCCCGCCAUCUCCGACACCUGCCGGGGCUUGAUCAAGGAGUACACCCUGUGGCAGGACCGGCCCGAGGUCAAGGGCUCGGCGUCGCCUUCGGGGCUGGUUCAUCCGCUGCAUUUCAUCACCACCUUGCAGGGCCUCGUUUCCAAGGACACGACCGUGUGUGUGGAUGUGGGUUCGGUGUAUAUCUACUUUAUGCGGUUCUUCUUCGCCUACGAGCCGCGCCGGCUACUGUGUUCCGACGGCCAACAAACCCUGGGCGUGGCCCUUCCCUGGGCCAUCGCCUCGUCCCUGACACAGACCCCGACGCCGUGCGCGGACAAGGUCGUCUCCAUCUCCGGCGACGGGGGGUUCAUGUUCUCGUCCCAGGAGCUGUCGACGGCGGUACAGCAAGGGUGCGACAUCACGCACUUCAUCUGGAACGACCACGCGUACAACAUGGUCGAGUUCCAGGAGGUGCUCAAGUACGGGCGCGCCAGCGGCGUGCGGCUCGGCGGCGUGGACUUCGUCGCCCUGGCCGCGGCGUUCGGCGCCAGGGGGUUCCGCAUCGAGAGGUCCGACCAGGUCGAGCGCGUCGUGCGGGAGGCCCUCGCGUACAAGGGCGUCAGUCUCGUCGACGUCGCGAUCGAUUAUGCGGGCAAUGUCGAGUUGGCGGAGAAUGUCAUUGCGGAUGAGUGGAAUUGAAAGGCCCCCCGGAUCUUCUGUCUAGGAGAAUGUUUUGUGGGGAGGAUUGGGUUUCAAUUGAUGAGGCGGUCUCCUUGGGUAUACAUGGACAGUCCCGUUGGAUACCUAGUCGCCAUAGAGGGGCGCCCCCAAAAGCGCCAUGACAUGACAUGACAUGAAGCGACGACGUAUGAAGAAAGCUCUCUGGGCCUGUGCGUCGCGCAUAAGCAGCUG